AGGUAGACAGACAGCGAGGGAGCUCUGGGGGUCGAGAGCUCUCUUGUCACUUUUAUUGGGGUUACAACAGUGUGGGGGGAAGGGGAGGGGCUGGUGGCCUGAUACACUAACAUUAUGAGGUCAUCAUCAUAAGAUGCAACUGCCAGAACCUGAAACAACAGGCAGAGCUAAGAUCCGGGUCCAGAUCGGAUACGGCCUGCGGCCUCCACUGCUGUUUGAUACCCGCGUUAACUGAUCAUUGGAGGAAAAGUGGGGAGACUGAGAUGACCGACUCCUCUGGGGUGUGGCCUUAGCCCAGGUCCACAUUCAAUUUGACUCAGAUUGCAGGGAUCAAUCCUUAGCAGUAUAAGAGUUAAGUUUUGAAUACUUCUUAAAAUAUCACAAUUAAUGUAUGCCUGGAUUGCUACACGGCUCAUCCCAGACAUCUCAGUUUCUACUUUCCCGCGGACCCAGGAGUCCGGGCUGCCACAUCACUGAGGAGCCGGGUCGCCGGGCCUCUGCUUUCUCAUGGACACAAAUGAAGAGACCCCCAAACCCCCCCAGCGCUCGAAGGGUCCAGACUCCCCUCUUUUCUAGGGCCUUUGACCACAGGCCUCCCCUUUCUCAGAUUCAGCCAUGGGGUAGGCGUCGGGCCAAUACAGGCCUGUCCGACUCUUUGGGACCCCAUUUGGAAUUUUCUGGGUGAAAAUACUGCAGUAGUUUGCCACGUCCUCCUCUGACUCAGUUGGCUGACGGGGAAACCGAGGCGAGCAGGGCUCUGCCAGCCAGGGUCCGAGGCCCCUUUCCAGAGCCAGGUGUCUCCCCCCUCUCACAGGCCUCGGUGUCGGGCCCGGCUCUCGGGGGCUCUCAGGGGCUCUCAGGGCUCCCCGUCCCAGGCCUCGGUGUCCAGCCCGGCUCUCAGGGGCUCUCGGGGCUCCCCGCCCCAGGCCUUGGUGUCCGGCCCAGCUCUUGGGAGCUCUCGGGGGCUCUCGGGGGCUCUCGGGGCUCCCCGCCCCAGGCCUCGGCCUCCUUCACCCUCUCAGUCCUCUGUGCCCAGCUCGGAUUGCAUCAUCCCGUGGGGGGUGCCUCGGCCACCGUGGAAGGGCCUCGGCCAGCCAAGUGGGUCAGGUUUCAUGAAGGCAGCAGCUGACCAGAGGUGGGCGGAGGGGCCGGAGGCAGGUAUAAGGGCCGGCCGGCCGCGGGGAGGCCAGAGGAGGAGGAGCAGCCGAGGCCGAGCCGUGCCAGCCAUGGGCGCCCUGCAGAGAGCCUCCCUGCCGGCCUCCCUCCUGGGCCUGCUGCUGGCCUGCCGGGCCUGGGGCGCCCCCGUCCCCGACUCCAGCCCGGCGCUGCUCUUCGGGGGUCAGGUCCGCCUGAGGCACCUCUACGCCGAGGACGGCCGGGCCGCCGAGGCCCACGUGGAGAUGCUGCCCGACGGCGCGGUGCGCUUGGCCGCGGCCAGGAGCCCCGACGGUGAGUGGGGGACGGCCGGAGGAGGCCGGAGGAGGCCGGGGGGCUCGCCGCGCCCUGACCUCACUCUCCCCGCAGGUCUGCUGGAGCUGAAGGCCGUGAAGCCGGGCAUCAUCCGCAUCCUGGCUGUGCGCAGCGGCCGCUUCCUGUGCAUGAGGCCGGACGGCCAGCUGUACGGAGCGGUCCACUACGACGCCUCGGCCUGCAACUUCCGGGAGCGCCUCCUGGGGGACGGCUACAACGUGUACACGUCCGAGGCGCACGGCCGGCCCCUCCGCCUGCCCCCUCCGGCCUCCCCUGGCCACGCCGGACCUUCCCGGUUCCUGCCGCUGCCUGGCCACCCCCUGGCGGGCCCGGAGCCGCCCUGGCCACGGGAGCCCGAGCCUCCGGACGUGGGCUCGUCGGACCCCCUGAGCAUGGUCCGGGGCCCGCAGGGCCGAAGCCCCAGCUACGCCUCCUGAGCCCCGGCCCCCCCGGCGCAGGCAGGCCUGGCGCCUAUUUAUGGGCCCCCCCAAGCCUUAUUUAUCGUCCGGUGCUCCCCUUGUUUUGUAACGUUCCAAUGUGAGCCGCACAACAGCAACCAACCGCGUGUGUGUGUCUUUGGGGGGCUCGAGGGGCCCCUUACAAGGGGACGCCUGUUGUGAGGGCUAUUUAGCAACUUAGUUGUCGUGUUGGACCUGGCAGGAAGGGCUGAGGCUUCCAAGACGGAAUGGAGGAGCAGGACGGGGGCCUGCGCUCCGGGGGAGACCUCAGACCCCGGGAUCCUGCGUGGAGCCUUCAUGGGCAGCUGACUGCAGAGGGCCCUUCAGCUGAGCGGAGGAGGCGCUUCCUGGGCCCGGCCUGGCUCCCUCAAUAGGUCGGUGUAGACAAGUCCUUCCCGGCCCGGGGUGUGCCCUGGGCUUGUACGUGUAGAACCCCCAAUUCCAUCCUUUGUGGUCAUAUGCUUUGC